UGCCCGACCUGACAGGUUCGUCCCUUCCCCAGACACACAGUGGGUGACUCGGUCCAUCACACAGCAUCUCACAUCUCCUCGCUCCCUGUGAAGUGAAGAAGAUGCCUCUCCAGUCCACUCUGUCCGGCAGGGGCUACGGCUCCCUCAAGGCUGUGGACACGCAGUUUGAUGGGAAGUCGUUUGAACAGCUGAGACAGGAGUGUCUGCAGAAUGGGGUCCUGUUUGAAGAUCCAGACUUCCCUGCCGCUGAAUCCUCUCUCUUCUACAGCGAGAGAUGUCCUGUCAACAUUGAAUGGAAGAGGCCCAAGGACAUCUGUAACAACCCAAAGUUCAUCGUCGGCGGAGCAAACAGGACGGACAUCUGCCAAGGACAGCUCGGGGACUGCUGGCUCCUUGCAGCCAUCGCAUCCUUGACCCUCAAAAAAGAGGCCCUGGCUCGGGUUGUCCCCCACGACCAGGACUUUGGACGAAAAUAUGCUGGUAUCUUCCACUUCCAGUUCUGGCAGCACAACCAAUGGCUGGACAUCGUGGUGGACGACAGGCUGCCCUCCGUGAGAGAUAAUCUCAUCAUGCUUCACUCUGCCUCCAACGAUGAGUUCUGGAGCGCCCUUCUGGAAAAAGCCUACGCCAAACUGCACGGCAGCUACGAGUCCCUGAAAGGAGGCAGCACAAUGGAGGCCAUGGAAGACUUCACCGGCGGUGUGGGUGAAAUAUACGAAACCAAGACAGCUCCAGACACCCUGUUCGCAACCAUGAAGAAAGCCCUGGACAGAGGCUCCAUGAUGGGAUGCUCUAUUGAUAUCUCCAGCUCUGCAGAGUCCGAGGCCAAAACUACCACCGGCCUGGUGAAGGGACAUGCAUACUCCAUCACAGGCCUGGAAGAGGUAAAUUACAGGGGGCGGAAGGUCAAGUUAAUUCGGGUCAGAAACCCCUGGGGUCAGGUCGAGUGGAACGGCCCUUGGAGUGACAAAUCUGGAGAAUGGGAUUACAUUGACAAAUCAGAAAAAUCUCGCAUUCUUUCCAAUUCAACAGAGGAUGGAGAAUUCUGGAUGGAGUUUGAGGACUUCAAGAGGAAUUACGACAAAGUGGAAAUCUGCAACAUGACCCCUGACGCUCUAACCGACGACACAAAACGCCACUGGGAGGUCAACAUGUUCCAAGGGAACUGGAUCCGUGGCUCCACCGCUGGAGGCUGCAGGAACUUUGUCGACACAUUUUGGACGAACCCGCAGUUCAAGCUGAGGUUGCAGGACGCUGAUGACGAGGAUGACGUCUGCAGCGUGGUGAUUGCUCUGAUGCAGAAAAACAGGAGAAAGCUGAGGAAGGAAGGCAUGGACAUGGAGACCAUCGGCUUUGCGGUAUACGAGGCGCCAGAAGAUGAAGACCAACUGGGGAAAGAUUUCUUCCGUUACCACGCAUCUAAGGCUCGCAGCAGGACCUACAUCAACAUGCGGGAGGUUUCAGAGCGCUUCACACUGCCUCCUGGGGAUUAUGUGCUGGUGCCCACCACCUUCCAGCCACACCACGAGGCCGACUUCCUCAUCAGGAUCUUCUCUGAGAAGAAAGCCGGCGCUCUUGAGAUGGGGAGCAAUGUUGAUGCUGACCUGCCAGAUCCGCCUAUGCCCAGUUCUCCAGAGGAGGAAACGGACGAGGAGAAAGGUCUGAGGAGACUGUUUGAACAACUCGCUGGAGACGACCAGGCCAUCUCCGUCUAUGAGCUACAGCAGAUGUUGAACGGUGUUCUCAGCAGACGAAAAGAGAUCAAAUUUGAUGGCCUGAGUCUCAGCACUUGCAACAGUAUUAUCAACCUGAUGGAUGUGGACAACACAGGGAUGCUGGAGUUUCAGGAGUUUAAAGUCUUCUGGGAAAAGAUGAAGAAGUGGAUUAUGCUCUUCCUCUCUUUUGACACUGAUCGCUCAGGAAAAAUGUCGUCCUACGAGCUUCGUAGCGCUCUCAAAGCUGCAGGCAUGCAGCUGAACAACCAGCUCCUACAGCUGGUCGCCCUGAGGUUCGCUGACACCAACUACGACAUUGACUUCGACGACUACCUCACCUGCAUAGUCCGUCUGGAGAACAUGUUCAGAGUUUUCCAGGCGAUGGAUGAGCACAAGAGGGGGCGUGUGAAGAUGAACAUGAUGCAGUUCCUGAUGUUGUCGAUGAACGUCUGAGGAGAAGCUGGGAGCGAACAGACGCCACCAGAAGAACAAAUCAAACACAGGCAGUAAUGGUGCAAUUUGGAGUUUCUUUUUCAUGCAACACAUUCUCAACACCUGUCUUCUUUUUUAUCUUUUUUCUUUUUAAAGCAAAAUGAUGUGAGAUAUUUUAUGUGCUGCAGUGUUGGAACUGAGGAAUCAAAUGUUAAAAUGUAUUGACUAAAGCUU